ACCGCCGCCGACUCCUUCGCCUCCGGAUCCGCCGCCGACCGACCGAUACUCAGGAUGGUUCUGCAUCAAGCUUAAAGAAACAUGUUGAAGAGGAAGCCACCUUUACUUGAGAACCUAUCCUAUUUCAUUCAGGAUGGUUCUGCAUCAGCUCUAAAGAAACAUGUUGAAGAGGAAGCUCGUGAUCUUAGUGGAGAAGCUUUCUCUCGUUUCAUGGACCAGUUAUAUGAUCGUAUCUCAUGCCUUCUAGAAAGCACUGAAGUUGCUGACAACAUGGUUGCUCUACGAGGUAUAGAUGCGUUGAUUGAUGUAACCCUUGGGGAAAGUGCGUCCAAAGUUUCAAGGUUUUCCAGCUACAUGCGUACUGUAUUUGAAGCAAAACGUGAUCCAGAAAUCUUAAUUCUUGCAAGCAAUGUUCUUGGCCAUCUGGCCAGAGCUGGAGGGGCAAUGACAGCAGAUGAGGUGGAGAGACAGAUAAAAAAUGCUUUGAGUUGGCUUCGCGGGGAAAGAAUAGAGUAUCGUCGUUUUGCAGCGGUCCUUAUUUUGAAAGAAAUGGCUGAAAAUGCCUCAACAGUUUUCAAUGUUCAUGUGCCUGAAUUUGUAGAUGCUAUAUGGGUUGCAUUGAGAGACCCCACAUUGGCUGUCAGGGAACGUGCUGUGGAAGCUUUACGAGCUUGCCUUGGUGUUAUUGAGAAGCGUGAGACGCGUUGGCGUGUGCAAUGGUAUUAUCGAAUGUGUGAAGCUGCACUAGUUGGUUUAGGGAAAAAUGCUUCUGUCCACAGCAUACAUGGUUCUUUGCUUGCCGUUGGAGAACUUCUGAGGAACACUGGGGAGUUUAUGAUGUCUAGAUACAGAGAGGUUGCAGACAUAGUUCUUAAAUAUCUCGAACACAGGGACCGGCUUGUUCGUCUCAGCAUUACGUCGUUGCUUCCUCGCAUUGCUCACUUCUUACGUGACCGUUUUGUAACAAACUAUCUGAAGAUUUGCAUGAAUCAUAUCCUAGCUGUCCUGCGUAUACCAGCUGAACGGGCUAGUGGUUUUAUUGCUCUGGGUGAAAUGGCGGGUGCGUUAGAUGGUGAACUUAUCCCUUACCUUCCUACAAUUACCUUACACUUGCGGGAAGCAAUUGCUCCUCGUAGAGGGAGACCAUCUUCUGAGGCCUUGGCUUGUGUGGGUAGUUUUGCUAAAGCCAUGGGUUCAGCUAUGGAGCCUCAUGUUCGUGGUCUCCUAGAUUCUAUGUUCUCUGGUGGUCUUUCUCCUGUCCUUGUAGAAGCCCUGGAACAAAUAACUCAAAGUAUUCCUUCUUUACUACCAACCAUUCAAGAGCGCCUUCUAGAUUGCAUUUCAAUAGCGCUCUCCAAAACCCUUUAUCCUCAGGCAAAGCCGGGUGUUUCUGGUGCCCGUACAAAUGCAACAACCGUAUCUCAGCAAGUUUCAGAUAUUAAUGGCUCUGUUCUUGUGCAACUUGCUUUGCGAACUUUAGCUAAUUUUAAUUUCAAGGGUCACGAACUUCUAGAAUUUGCGAGAGAAUCUGUUGUUCUUUAUUUGGAGGAUGAAGAUGGGAAUACUCGAAGAGAGGCAGCCAUAUGUUGCUGCAGAUUAGUUGCAAAUUCCUUCUUCGGGUUAGCUAGUUCACAGUUUGGUUCAAGCAGAUCCAAUCGGAUUGGGGGAACAAAGCGACGACGUCUUGUAGAGGAGAUUGUGGAGAAACUUCUUAUUGCAGCAGUUGCGGAUGCUGAUGUUAGUGUUCGCAAGUCGGUCUUUUCAUCUUUGCACGAGAAUAGCAGUUUUGAUGAAUUCUUGGCUCAGGCUGAUAGCUUGAGAUCCAUUUUUGUUGCAUUAAAUGAUGAGGAUUUUAUUGUUCGAGAGUUUGCAAUAUCUUUGGCUGGUAGGCUGUCAGAAAAGAAUCCUGCCUAUGUUCUUCCAGCUCUUCGCCGUCAUCUCAUUCAAUUACUGACAUACUUAGAUAAAAGGUGGGAUAUAGGACUAGAGAAUACUAUCCAAACUACUGCCGGAUGCUUGAUUCGCAAUUGUGAACGGUUAAUACUUCCAUAUAUUUCCCCAAUUCAUAAGGCUCUUGUUGCGAGAUUAAGUGAAGGCACUGGAAUAAGUGCUAAUAAUGCUAUUGUUACUGGAGUCCUUUCUACUGUUGGAGAGCUGGCCAAAGUGGGAGGUUUUGAAAUGAGGAAAAAUAUUCCUGAAUUAAUGCCAUUAAUCGUUGAGGCUCUCUUGGAUGCUGCUGCCGUCAUGAAAAGGGAAAUAGCUGUGGCAACUCUUGGUCAAGUGGUACAAAGCACAGGCUAUGUUAUUGCUCCCUAUAAUGAGUACCCACUGUUACUUGGUUUACUCUUAAAAUUGUUGAAUGGCGAGUCAGCAUGGUCUACUAGACGAGAAGUGUUGAAGGUUCUAGGUAUCAUGGGUGCCUUAGAUCCCCAUGUACACAAGCGUAAUCAGCAGAACUUGCCUGGAUCACAUGGGGAAGUUAACCGUCCAGCAAGUGACACGGGUCAACAUAUUGUUUCAAUGGAAGAGUUACCUACAGAACUCUGGCCAUCUUUUGCAACCUCUGAGGAUUAUUAUUCCACAGUUGCUAUUAGUUCUCUCAUGCGAAUUCUUCGUGACCCAUCACUUUCAAGUUAUCACCAGAAGGUGGUAGGUUCUCUUAUGUUCAUAUUCAAGUCGAUGGGCCUUGGCUGUGUUCCGUACUUACCAAAGGUGCUACCUGAUCUUUUCCAUGCUGUUCGAACAUGUGAAGAUGGUCUGAAAGAGUUCAUUACUUGGAAGCUAGGAACUUUAGUGUCCAUUGUGCGCCAGCACAUGCGUAAAUAUUUACCUGAUUUGCUCUCUUUAAUAUCUGAACUCUGGUCGUCAUCCUUCAGCUUGCCAACGACAAACCGUCCGGUGCAAGGCUCACCGAUUCUCCACCUUGUUGAGCAACUCUGCUUAGCUUUGAAUGAUGAAUUUAGGACAUAUUUGCCGGCUAUUCUUCCAUGUUGUAUACAAGUGCUGAGUGAUGCUGAACGGUGGAAUGACUAUAGCCAUGUUCCUGAUAUUCUUCAUACUCUUGAAGUGUUUGGUGGAACCUUGGAUGAACACAUGCACUUACUCCUUCCUGCACUUAUUCGCUUAUUCAAAGUGGAGGCUUCAAUUGAUGUAAGACGUCGCGCAAUCAACACUCUUACAAAGCUCAUACCUCGAGUACAGGUCAGUGGCCAUGUGUCAUCUCUUGUGCAUCAUCUGAAUCUGGUUUUGGACGGGAAAAUUGAUGAAUUAAGAAGAGAUGCUGCUGAUGCUCUUUGCUGUCUUGCUCAUGCUCUUGGCGAGGAUUUUACAAUCUUCAUAUCGUCAAUCCACAAAAUUCUGUUGAAACAUCAUAUGCGGCACAGAGAUUUUGAGGAAAUUGAACGGCGUCUACGCGGCCGUGAACCACUUCUUCUGGAGAGUUUAUCUGUACAGAAGUUUACUCGGAAUGUUCCUUCUGAGAUUAUCAGUGAUCCUAUCAAUGAUGUGGACAGUGAUCCUUACGAGGAAGGGACUGAAAUGCACAGGCAAUCAAGAGGCCACCAGGUUAAUGAUGUUCGAUUAAGGACUGCUGGUGAGGCUUCUCAAAGGAGUACUAAAGAAGACUGGGCUGAGUGGAUGAGGCAUUUUAGCAUAGAACUGCUGAAGGAAUCUCCAUCCCCAGCUUUGCGUACCUGUGCAAGGCUUGCACAACUGCAACCUUUUGUUGGAAGGGAGUUGUUUGCUGCCGGUUUUGCAAGUUGCUGGGCACAAAUGAAUGAAGCUUCACAAGAACAAUUAGUCAGGAAUCUUAAGACAGCAUUCUCUUCGCAGAAUAUACCUCCCGAAAUUCUGGCAACAUUACUAAACUUGGCAGAGUUUAUGGAGCAUGAUGAGAAGCCUCUUCCUAUUGAUACCCGACUACUUGGUGCUCUUGCAGAGAAGUGUCGGGCAUUUGCUAAGGCACUUCACUACAAAGAAAUGGAAUUUGAAGCUGCACGCUCAAAGAAAAUGGGAACAAAUCCUGUUACCGUGGUUGAGUCUCUUAUUCACAUAAAUAACCAGCUGCACCAGCAUGAGGCUGCAGUUGGAAUACUGACGUACUCACAGCAACAUUUGGAUGUGCAACUAAAGGAAUCAUGGUAUGAAAAAUUGCAGCGGUGGGAUGAUGCACUCAGGGCAUACACUGCAAAAUCAUCUCAAGCAUCAAAUCCACUUUUAAAUUUGGAUGCUACACUAGGUCGAAUGAGGUGCCUAGCUGCUUUAGCUCGUUGGGACGAGCUCAACAAUCUCUGCAAAGAGCAAGGUCUGUGAUCUGAUAUGUUUGCAGAUGCUGCCUGGAAUAUGGGAGAGUGGGAUCAGAUGUCUGAAUAUGUUUCUCGGUUGGAUGAUGGGGAUGAAAGCAAACUUCGUAUUAUAGGUAAUACUACUACAAGUGGUGAUGGAAGCAGCAAUGGCGCCUUCUUUAGGGCUGUUCUUCUGGUUCGACGCCAAAAGUAUGAUGAAGCGCGUGAAUUCGUUGAGAGAGCAAGGAAGUGUCUGGCAACUGAAUUGGCUGCACUGGUGCUGGAAAGUUAUGAACGUGCUUACAGCAACAUGGUUCGGGUUCAACAGCUGUCAGAAUUAGAAGAGGUGAUUGAUUACUGCACUCUUCCGGUGGGAAACCCUGUAGCAGAUGGUCGAAGAGAGCUAAUUCGUAACAUGUGGAAUGAGCGCAUACAAGGAGCUAAACGUAAUGUCGAGGUUUGGCAAGCUCUUCUUGCAGUAAGAGAACUUGUCCUGCCUCCUUCUGAAGAUAUAGAAUCUUGGCUUAAAUUUGCAUCACUUUGCCGGAAGAGUGGUCGAAUAAGUCAGGCUAGAUCUACUUUAAUUAAACUUUUACAGUAUGACCCUGAAUCAUCUCCUGGAAACUCAUUAUACCAUGGACAUCCUCAAGUUAUGUUAGCUUAUCUCAAGUAUCAGUGGUCUCUUGGUGAUGAUCUUAAACGAAAAGAAGCAUUUUCAAAGCUUCAAGAUUUAGCUCUACAGCUUGCUUCGACUCCAAAUACUUACUCAAUAAUUGCAGCUAAUUCUUCAAAUGUUAGUGUUCCUCUUCUUGCUCGUGUGUAUCUGAAACUGGGUACCUGGCGCCGAGCACUUUCUCCUGGAUUAGACGAUGAAUCAGUACGAGAAAUUCUUGUAUCAUUCAAGAACACCACUCAAUAUGCAAAGGACUGGGCAAAAGCAUGGCACACAUGGGCAUUAUUCAAUACUGCAGUAAUGUCACAUUAUACUUUAAGUGGGUAUCCUGGUCUAGCAGCACAGUAUGUUGUUGCUGCAGUUACUGGAUAUUUCCAUUCAAUAGCUUGUGCAUCAAAUGCAAAAGGUGUUGAUGACAGCUUACAGGAUAUUCUUCGUCUUCUCACUUUGUGGUUCAACUAUGGAGCUACAUCUGAGGUUCAAACAGCAUUGCAGAAGGGAUUUUCACUUGUUAAGAUAGAAAUGUGGUUGGUUGUAUUACCUCAAAUAAUUGCAAGGAUCCAUUCAAAUAAUAAAGCUGUACGAGAGCUGAUUCAAUCGUUGUUGGUGCGGAUAGGAAGAGGACAUCCACAGGCUCUUAUGUAUCCUCUUCUGGUGGCAUGCAAAUCAAUAAGCCAAUUGCGCAGAGCUGCAGCACAGGAAGUUGUUGAUAAAAUUCGCCAGCACAGUGGAGCUCUUGUUGAGCAGGCUCAACUAGUGUCAAAGGAGUUGAUCAGGGUAGCCAUAUUAUGGCAUGAAAUGUGGCAUGAGGCUUUGGAGGAAGCAAGCCGUUUGUAUUUUGGUGAACACAAUAUUGAAGGAAUGCUUGCGGUGCUGGACCCCUUACAUAAUAUGCUUGAGGAAGGACCUGGAACAUUGAAAGAGAUCGCCUUCAUUCAGGCGUAUGGUCGUGAACUGUUGGAAGCUCGUGAAUGUUGCUUGAAGUAUAGGCGAACAGGGAAGGAUGCAGAACUUACUCAGGCAUGGGAUUUGUAUUAUCAUGUUUUCAGGCGAAUAGACAAGCAACUUCCAAGUCUUACUACCCUGGACCUACAGUCUGUCUCUCCUGAAUUGCUAAAAUGUCGAGAUUUAGAGCUUGCUGUACCCGGAACAUACCAUGCAGAUGCACCUGUUGUGACAAUUGCUUCAUUUGCUCCGACACUUGUUGUAAUUACAUCUAAACAGAGACCACGAAAACUGACAAUUCAUGGUAGUGAUGGUGAGGAUUAUGCAUUCCUUCUGAAAGGUCAUGAGGAUUUACGGCAAGAUGAACGUGUCAUGCAGCUUUUCGGUUUGGUGAACACUCUUCUGGAGAACUCAAGGAAAACUGCAGAAAAAGAUCUUUCCAUUCAACGCUAUUCAGUCAUUCCUUUGUCCCCAAAUAGUGGUUUGAUUGGAUGGGUUCCAAAUUGUGAUACACUACACCAUUUAAUUCGGGAGUACAGGGAUGCGAGGAAGAUCCAUUUGAAUCAAGAACACAGACUUAUGCUGGCUUUUGCGCCUGAUUAUGAUCGCUUGCCACUCAUAGCUAAAGUGGAAGUAUUCGAGCAUGCUCUGCAAAAUACUGAAGGAAAUGACUUGGCAAAGGUUCUCUGGUUAAAAAGCCGGACUUCUGAAGUUUGGCUUGAUCGGCGUACAAAUUAUACUAGAAGCUUGGCUGUGAUGAGUAUGGUUGGUUAUCUGCUAGGACUCGGAGAUCGGCAUCCAAGUAAUCUUAUGCUGCACCGGUUCAGUGGGAAGAUAUUGCAUAUUGAUUUUGGAGAUUGUUUCGAGGCUUCCAUGAACAGAGAGAAGUUCCCAGAGAAGGUACCUUUUCGCUUAACUAGAAUGCUCGUGAAGGCUAUGGAAGUUAGUGGUAUUGAAGGUAAUUUCAGGUCGACCUGUGAAAAUGUGAUGCAAGUACUGCGAACCAAUAAAGAUAGCGUCAUGGCUAUGAUGGAGGCUUUCGUACACGAUCCUCUUAUCAAUUGGAGACUGUUCAAUUUUAAUGAAGUUCCUCAAAUGGCGAACUAUGGAAACUCCCAUGUUCAUCCUGUUGUGAAUAGUGAGGAAUCUGCACCUAAUAGAGAUCUCCCUCAACCUCUGCGUGGUGCACGGGAGAGAGAACUGCUGCAGGCUGUCAAUCAACUUGGUGAUGCUAAUGAGGUUUUAAAUGAACGAGCGGUGGUGGUUAUGGCACGGAUGAGCAAUAAGCUCACUGGACGGGACUUUUCUUCUGGAUCAUCAGUGUCAGGGGUUGCCAGUUCAAUCCAGUAUACUGAUCACCAUAGUGCCUUGAUUUCUGGGGAUACUCGUGAAGUUGAUCAUGGUCUAUCUGUGAAACUUCAGGUUCAGAAGCUAAUUUUACAAGCCACAGCCCAUGAAAAUUUGUGUCAGAACUAUGUUGGGUGGUGCCCAUUUUGGUGAAGCUGCGUUAGAGGCUGUAAAUACUGUACAUAAUAAUCUGUAUAUAUGUACAUAUGGUGAUCACCAUUUCUGCUCUCCCCUGUAUCCCUGUUAUUGAUGUAACAUAUCUUUAUCUGAAUAUAAGCAGACCACAUAUUUGUAGUCUUGUUGCUGUGGCAUAUCUUCUCUGGAUGAAAAUGUCAAUUGCCAGAUAAUGGAAAUAAAUACUUGUUUUGUUGGCA